GGAGAGAAUAGUAUAAUAUUAAAAAAGUAAAGUGAUGAUAGGGUUCGUGCUAAGCGAGAUAAUAUGGUUAUAGUGGUGAUGGUUGACAGAAGGCUUUUUGGGUUAUGAUGGUGUCUUGAAGUUGGCUUGGAUGGGUAGCUAGGGCGCUUCGGCUUCGAUUUCGGCCGGUGUUUGCACGGCCUGCCCUCUCUGUCCUCUCUCUAUAAGCGGGUCAAUCUUCAAGAGUGCAAGGAACAAUGCACGGAAGGAAGGAUCGAAGAAAGCAUAGACAAGAAAACCAUUCCAAGCUAACUCAAAGCACACAAAUAUUCAUCUUCAACAAAAACACACCAAGAACAAAAAAGACCUCAACCCAUACCCCUUCCCUCCCUACUCAACAAAACGCCUACGCCGAACACCACAGCACAAAUGACUCGAAACCCGCAACGCAGACGUCGGAACAAAAGCACGCUACGGAAACGCUACUCGUGGACGCUACGGUCGCUAGGCACCUAACGCAGAGAGGUAGCGACGCGGGUGGGCUAGGUCUAUGGUGUGGGUGUGGCGCCGAGGGUGCGCCGGUGGUGCGUGUGGGGCGGGGGCGGGUUUUUUAGAGGAGGGUCUUUGGGGUUGGCGUGGGAUGGGCGGGGUUUGCUAGAGGUUUGAGGCUCGGUGCGUUGGUCAAUGAGUGUCUGGAGGGAGCCGCGGAGAAAGAGGGCUUGUGGUGUGGGUUGGUGGUGAUGGGGCGGGAACGCGCAGCACGACUGUACAAUAGGUAGUGCCUGGUGGCCGGGCGAGCGAAGCAAGAAAGCAAGGGAGCAACCUACUCGAACCCUUCUCCCUCCUAGCCGUUAAGCGCUUCUUCUCAGUAUCGCUGCCACUACCGCCAUCUCCAUCGCCUUAUGCAUCCU